AAUCUGCUGGCAUGGCAAAUAUUUGCCAUCUGUUGUAAUCUCUUAGCGGAAUAGUAUAAAAGCAACCUGUCUUCCUACCAAUCUAUUUUCAUAAUCACAUAUCACAAAUAAUGCGUCUCUCCUUCCGAGUCGUCCUUGCCGUUGUUGCUGCUUUGACAGCGUCCAUAGCUGAUAGUGCUGACAGCGAAUGCCACACAGCUGACGGCCUUUGCACCACGAACCACGAUUGCUGCCGUGGCUAUAUAUGCAUGCCAAUAGCACUCCCAGAGCGUGACGAGGUGAGCAUGAGCAGUUUCAUCCAGGAUUUGUGGACUCACCGGCUCGGGCGUGAUAGAUAGGAGAGUACAUAUAUAUGUGUGAGGUCGAAUGAGCUACAGUGAGUCAUGCUUUUGCUUUCUCAUUGGUGCAACGUGGUUAAUGACACCACACAUAGCAAGUAGUUUGUUGCAGAAAUGCUUACUUCUGAAAAAAUAUCACUGCUGCUCGGACAAUGAAGAUUUUAGGAUAGAGAGACAUCUUAAAAUCUUGGAUGU